AUGAAGGAAGAUUUCCUCCCAGAAAAGAAAAAGAAAAAGAAAAAAAGAAAGCUCGAGAUUAAGCGAUUGCAUCUUGUCGCCCAAAACAAACACCAGAAAAUCGCCGACGUACCCCGGCGCAGUGAGUUGGAUCGUGAAUCGAGCCUCGCCGCAAAAGGUUUCCCGGACUUUUUCUUCUUUCAGGUAAAGUUUUUGGGUGGAGUUUGUACCAUGGGGGACUUCACAAUUAACAUUACCAAGGAGCUCGUAGAUCGGCUUGCUGGUUCUGACGAGAAAGUAAAGAAGAGAACAGUAAGGAAACCGAAACCCAAGGUAUCAAAACAGCCUCGCUCGCCACCUCAACCAAAGGAGAGCGAGAAGCAGCUGCAGCCACCGGCUUCUUCCGGAUGGCCAGUUUUCUUGCCGGUUCAACCACCUGUCAAGCCUGCAAGUGCUGAACUGGAUGCAAUUCGAUCUGUGGUUUCAGAGAGCGAGAAGGUUCUUGAGAAGUUGCAGAAGCAGGAGGAACGCAUGGUGCAAGAAGUAACUGAAAGAGCCAAAGAUCUGCACGGCAAGGAAUUCAAGCUCCCGUACCAGAAGCCAAUGCCAUGCAUGCCUGACUAUGAAGCUUGCAGGGCGUGCUACAAGGAGCAUAUUAACGAUAUCCUUAAGUGCAGCCCUCUGACCAAGAGCUACUACGAAUGCGUCCAGAGAGUAAAGCAGCAAGCAGGAUCUGGAGAUAAGUGAGUGCGUGUUUACCUGAUGGAGAGACAUCCUCGGAGUAGUAUACAGAGAAUUCGGGAGCUAAUUGCCAGAACGAGACAGUGAAAAAUAAUCUGAUCAUUGAUCCCUAGGUUACCAUUUUUGGAAAUGUAUGUCGGGAUGGGAGCCUUCGAUUGCCAUCUCGAGUUUUCGUUAGAUGUUUGUCUCACGGUUUUUGGAUAUUGAAGGACUUGAUAGGCUUGAGGAAUUGAAGCCUAAACAUUCGUUCGUUGCGCCACUAAAUGUUGAUUUUGGUAUCUUGAUCGAGCUGUCUAUGAUUUUGUUUCGCUACAUUGAACUUUGUAUCUUGCCCGAGUUCUUGUCAUUCAUGUUUGGACACUAGUUAUGUCGAUUGAUGUUCCCACCUUCUGCAGCACCUAGAGAUAUCGUCUGGUUCUAUGGCAUGGCAGGGGUGGAUGCCUGGCAAAUGGUGAAUCUUCUCAGUUUGGUUCUUGAACUGUAAGAGUAAGAUGGUGAC